CUCAUAUAGACUGUAUCCAUCAAAGGAAAGCAAUAAUAGUUGGGUCAAAAAGAACCAAUAUCGAGUGUUGGAUGGAUCACAAAGGAUCACGAUUUGUAGGUGAGAAUAAGGGGAGUGAAGGAACAGUUCUGUGGAGAACGUGACCAGCUCAGAUCCCGUGUCUGGAGAAGUCUGGAUGCACAAUUAGGCAGCUGUGGCGCUGAAGAAGAUAAGGAGGAGGAGGAGGAAGAGGAGGAGGACGGUGAGGCUCAAACAUUGCUUGUGGUGCAGCAGGAUGGAUGUCAUGGCUGAGCUCAGUUGAUAUUAAAGACAGAGAUGGAGGAGCAUCAUCGAGGACUCCCCAGCAUCAGAACUAAGUCACGGGUCUCGAAGGAAACUAAGCUGCGGCUGCGGGUGAUCUUUUUGGACGAGAGUGAGAGAACUUUUGAGGUGGAGCACAAAGUUCUGGGCUGUGACUUCUACAACAAAGUGUGCGGUCAUCUGAAGCUGCUGGAGAAGGAGUAUUUUGGGCUGGAGUUCAGGCACCACAGCGGCAGCUACGUUUGGCUGGAGCUGCUGAAGCCACUCGCCAAACAAAUCAAGUACAGCAGUGAUUUAUUCUUCAGGUUCAUAGUCAAGUUCUUCCCUCCAGACCCUGGACAACUGAAGCGAGGUCUGACCAGGUACCUUUUUGCCUUACAGAUAAAGCAGGAUUUGUCCAACGGCAGUCUGACUUGUAAUGACAACAGCGCCGCCCUGCUGGUCUCACACAUUCUGCAAUCAGAAAUAGGCGAUUACGACGAUGACCUGGACUGUCAACAUUUAGAGAUGAAGCACUACGUUCCAAACCAGGAGUAUCUCGACCACAAGAUCAUUAAAUUCCACAAGAAACACAGAGGAGUGUCUCCUGCUCAUGCAGACAUCCAGCUGCUGGAGGUGGCACGCAAACUGGACAUGUACGGUAUCAGACCUCACCCAGCUCAUGAUGGGGAGGAUAUGAGGAUUAACCUGGCCGUCACCCACUCCGGAGUCCUGGUCUUUCAGGGAAACACCAAGAUCAACACCUUCAGCUGGGCCAAGAUCCGCAAGCUGAGCUUCAAACGCAAACACUUCCUGAUCAAGCUUCAUGACAAAGUCGGGGAACUGGGCAAAGACGUCCUGGAGUUCUCGAUGGCCAGUCGAGAUGUCUGCAAGUCCUUCUGGAAGAUGUGUGUCGAGUAUCACGCCUUCUUCAGACUGGCCGAGGAACCGGAGGCGACGAACCGAACACUGCUCUCCUGCAAGGGUUCAAGAUUCAGAUACAGGUGA